AAAAAGAAAAGAAAGAAAGAAAGAAAGAGAGCCACUACUUCCCGAAAAUCGGGUUACGAUAUUCAUGUAUAUAUACACUGUAGACAAACACAACCUUCCUGUAUAGAAUAUAUAAGAUUCCUGUCUGGAUAUAUAUGUGUAUAUUAGAUGAUGAUAGGAAGAAAGUUUAUGGAGGACGGUAAUUAUGAUUAUAAUCUUGGGAAGAUUAGUUGUUGUAGUAGUAGUUCUUCAAGUAUUGCCAGUUCUUCUCCAAAGACAAAAGGGCCGGCUCCAUUUCUGUUGAAGACUUAUGAGUUGCUUGAAGAAGCUGAUGAUGGUCAUGAUCAUCAACAGGUCAUGUGGUGUGGAUCAGACCAGAAUUUUAAUGGAGAUUAUGAGAAGAAUAGACUGGUUUCAUGGAACGCAGAGGGAAAUGGGUUUGUUGUGUGGAAUCCGGCCGAGUUCUCCGACCUCUUGCUGCCUAAGUAUUUCAAGCACAACAACUUCUCUAGCUUCAUUCGCCAGCUUAAUACCUACGGAUUCAAGAAGACAUCAUCAGAUCGAUGGGAAUUCAAGAACGAAAAGUUUCGAAAGGGUUGCAAGCACAUGUUAAUGGAAAUCACGAGAAAGAAGCAUGAGCCAAGUGUAUUUCCGACAUACCUACGAGCUUCUCCUCGUGAAGAAAACAGUAAUAACAACAACAAUGGAGAUGAAAAUAACGGUUUGACAUUAAUGAUGGAAGAAAACAAGAGUUUAAAGAGAGAAAAAUUGGAAUUGCAAAUGCGAAUCGCACAGGUUAAAUCAUUAGAGAUAAAGUUAUUAGAUUGUCUGGCUCAACAUGUUGAAACCCAACAAAAUAAAGAAAAGAAGGUUUAA